GUGAGGCGGAGACAGGAUGAGUUGGGAUACAAGGUCCAAUUUAGUGUGUGCCCCAACCCAGUCCCCACUGAGCCCGAAUCCUCAUCUCCCCCUGGUAGUGGGCACAGUGUAGCCAGGGAAGAACUAGAACCACGGGGACCCAUCAGGUUGGCAUCCCCACUGAAGAUGAUCUCUUAAGCAGAUACCCCCUCUGAACUGGGGAUGUAGGGCUUUGAAACUAGAAAAUGCCAGGUCUGAAAGAGAGGAAAGAACAAGCCCAACAACACACAGAGCUCUGUGUAUUCAGAGGGAAGUUGGCAGGGCUGUGCUCGGGCAGAGAAACUCCUAGUGGUACAAAGAGACGUGCCCAGAGUGGAGAAAUCAUGCUAAUUGUCUGCACCAGAGCUGGAGAACGCCACCCAAAAUGAAGAGAGAAAAGGGAGCCCUGUCCAGAGCUUUCAGUGCCCUGCACCUUGCUCCUUUUGUCUACCUUCUUCUGAUCCAGACAGAGCCCCUGCAAGGAGUGAACAUCACCAGCCCAGUGCGCCUGAUCCGUGGCACGGUGGGGAAGUCAGCCCUGCUUUCUGUGCAGUACAGCAGCACCAGCAGCGACAAGCCCGUGGUGAAGUGGCAGCUGAAGCGGGACAAGCCAGUGACCGUGGUACAGUCCAUUGGCACAGAGGUCAUUGGCACCCUGCGGCCUGACUAUAGAGACCGCAUCCGCCUCUUCGAAAAUGGCUCCCUGCUUCUCAGCGACCUGCAGCUGGCCGAUGAGGGCACCUAUGAGGUCGAGAUCUCCAUCACCGAUGACACCUUCACCGGGGAGAAGACCAUUAACCUCACUGUAGAUGUGCCCAUUUCGAGGCCGCAGGUGUUAGUGGCUUCGACCACUGUGCUGGAGCUCAGCGAGGCCUUCACCCUGAACUGCUCACACGAAAAUGGCACCAAGCCCAGCUACACCUGGCUGAAGGAUGGCAAGCCCCUCCUCAAUGACUCGCGAAUGCUCCUGUCCCCCGACCAAAAGGUGCUCACCAUCACCAGGGUGCUCAUGGAGGACGAUGACCUGUACAGCUGCGUAGUGGAGAACCCCAUCAGCCAGGGCCGCAGCUUGCCCAUCAAGAUCACCGUGUACAGAAGAAGCUCCCUUUAUAUCAUCUUGUCCACAGGAGGCAUCUUCCUCCUUGUGACCUUGGUGACAGUCUGCGCAUGCUGGAAACCCUCCAAAAAGAAGAAAAGAAAGCUGGAAAAGCAAAACUCCCUGGAAUAUAUGGAUCAGAACGAUGACAGCCUGAAACCAGAAGCAGACACCCUCCCCCGAAGUGGAGAGCAGGAGCGGAAGAACCCCAUGGCACUCUAUAUCCUGAAGGACAAGGACUCCCCAGAGCCGGAGGAGGACCCCGCCCCGGAACCCCGGAGCGCGACGGAGCCCGGCCCGCCCGGUUACUCGGUGUCGCCGGCAGUUCCCGGCCGCUCACCAGGCCUAAUUGCAGAUACUCACAGAAAGAAGCCUUCGGUGUAG